UUAGCAUUAUACAGUUGGUAGAAUUUUAAUAUUCAAGUCCAAACAUUUAAGAAAAACAUAUAAUUUUGUAUAAAAACUCAUUAAAUAGACUGAAACUGCUGCUGAAAAGGGUGAUCAUGGCCAACGUGGAAUCUAUGAUUGUGGAGGAGAAGCCGCAAGUUAAGCAGAUUGACCGUGAGAAGACCUGCCCGCUGUUGCUACGCGUAUUCUGCUCGACCGGACGCCACCACUCCGUCUCGGAGUACACGUUCGGCAAUGUGCCCAGCAACGAGCUCCAGAUCUACACCUGGCAGGACGCCACUCUGCACGAGCUGACCUCACUGGUGCGCGACGUCAAUCCGGAUACGCGCAAGAAGGGCACCUACUUUGACUUCGCCGUGGUGUACCCGAACUUCCGGAACGGACACUUUCUAAUGCGCGAAAUCGGGGUUACCUGCACCGGGCAGAAGGGCAUCGACGACAACAAGACACUGGCCCAGGCCAAAUUCAGCAUCGGUGACUUCCUGGACAUCUCGAUCACACCGCCGAACCGGCUACCUCCCACCGCCAGACGCCAGCGCCCCUACUGAUGAUGAUGGAUGCGCCGCCGAUCUCUACAAACUAAUAAUCCUUUUUUAUUCUUUCACUUGACACUCAAUGAAGUAUGGACAUAAUUAUAAGUGGAAUACAAAUUAGAAGACGA